CCUGAGAGGUCGUGAAUCGGGAAAACAAUCUCGGUCCAUUCCAGAAACACACCCGAGAAUUACUACGCGGAACUAUACGGCGAUCACCGCUGUAGUUGAUGGAUCAGCUCAGUCAUGCUGGACAUCUGCAACAAUAUGUAACUUUUUAGUCUAAACAGCCUGAAAGUGAUUCCUUCACUCUGCAUAAACAGUUCAAAUAGAAGUUCAAAUAUAGAGAGCGACAUUAGUAAAAGCAGCUUUGAAUAAAUCUCGUUGUCAAACAGAAGCAUUGGUCAUUCAUGUGGUGGCCAUACUUCGAACAGGCUGAUAGAGUCCAGUUAAAUCUGUAUGCCUGGAUUUCAGAAGGGAGAAAUCGAGCGGUUUCUCGCUGUUUUGCAGGCUUUGCUCUGGGAAUUCUCCACGUACUUCUGCAGAUCGGCCGCCCGGUGCCGCUGUUGACCGCUGAGGCUCCGCACAGCUCCUGGAUCCGCCGCCCCCGGGACUGCGGGGCUGCACCAGCCCGGGCUGCUCCGCUCGGGGCUCGGCAGCCUGGAUCGGCAGCUCCAUCCAGCUCACAGGGGGAAGAGAUCGCUUCGCUGUGAGGGAAUGGAGCUGAGGAAGAGGGAGGAACCGCUCUCAGGGCGAGUGGUAGCUCUGAUCCUGGUCCUCUGCGUAUCGGGGGUGAGAACAGAGACCGCUCGGUACUCCGUACCCGAAGAGGCGGAGAGGGGCUCCUUUGUGGCGAAUAUCGCUAAGGAUUUGGGACUAACCGGUGAGGAAUUAUCGGCUCGAAAGGCUCGGCUCGUUCCGGAAGGAGAAAAGCAGUAUUUGCAGCUGAACCAACACACCGGGGACUUGGUGGUGCGAGAGCAGAUGGACCGGGAGGAGCUGUGUGGGCAGAGCGAGCCCUGCCUGCUGCGUUUCGAGGUGCUGCUGGAGAGCCCACUGCAGUCCUUCCGAGCCGAGGUAAGCCUCACCGACAUAAAUGAUCAUGCUCCCAUGUUCUUAAAUAAAGAGAUAGUUCUAAAGAUUCCGGAAACUGCAAUGCCAGAAACUCGAUUUUUGUUGGAAAGCGCUCAGGAUCCAGAUGUAGGGAACAACAGUCUUCAGCAUUACAGUAUCAGAUCGAAUGAGUAUUUCCAUAUCUGUACCCGGAGGCGGAGUGACGGCAGGAGGUACCCCGAGCUGGUGUUGGACCGAGCCCUGGACAGGGAGCAGCAAGCAGAAGUGGCUUUCAGUGUCACGGCUGUGGAUGGUGGGUCUCCACCGCGCUCUGGUACAGCCUUAAUCCGUGUCGUAGUCCUAGAUACAAAUGACAACAUCCCGGUAUUUACCCGGAGUCUGUAUAAAGUCCGUGUAUUAGAAAACAGUUCCCAGGAUACCUUGGUGGUGGCGGUGUCUGCUAGCGAUUUAGACUCAGGAACGAACGGGGAAAUAACCUAUUCCAUAGUUCAAAAUUCAGAGGAAAAUCACCAGACGUUUAAAAUAAGUUCAGAGACAGGGGAAAUUCGAAUCAAAAAGCCGGUGGAUUAUGAAGAAACAAAAACCUACGAGAUAGACGUGCAGGCCACAGAUGGAGGAGGUCUGUCUGCACACUGCAAGGUGGAAGUGCAGGUGGAGGACGUGAAUGACAAUGCCCCGGAGGUGAUCAUCACCUCCCUCACAAGCACCCUCUCAGAAGCCGCCCCACCGAACACCGUGGUGGCCCUUUUCAACCUGCGGGACCGGGAUUCGGGGGAUAACAGCAGGACGAGCUGCGAGCUGGCAGGCGAACAGCCCUUCAGCAUCACGCUGCUGGCAGCCGACGCGUACGCGCUGGUGACAUCGGAGGCGCUGGAUCGGGAGCAGGUGGCAGAGUACAACGUGACAGUACGGGCCCGAGACGAGGGCUCCCCCGCGCUCUCGGUGUCCAAGACGCUGUUCGUGCGGCUGUUGGACGUGAACGACAACGCGCCCACCUUCACUCAGACCAUUUACACCAUGGUGCUGAGCGAAAACGAGCCAGCGGGUACGAGCCUGGGACGUCUGAACGCUACGGACGCCGACGCGGGAAAAAACGCCCGAGUGAGAUACGCACUGGAGCAGCCCUCGUCGAAAGGCCACCCCGUCGAAUCCUUCGUAAGCGUGGACGCGGAAACUGGAAUCGUGCGGGCGCUGCGCCCGCUGGACUACGAAGAGGUGCGCACCUUCGAGGUGGAGGUGCGCGCUGCCGAUGGCGGCUCCCCACCGCUCAGCGCCCAGGCGCUGCUGCGCGUGCUGGUGCGGGACGAGAACGACAACGCGCCCGUCGUGCUGUACCCGUCACCCGACAGCAGCGCGACGGCGGGCGAGUUGGUGCCGCGCUGGGCGCCGGCAGGCUACCUGGUGGCCAAGGUGGUGGCGGUGGACGCGGACGCGGGGCAGAAUGCGUGGCUGUCGUACGAGCUGGCCAAGGCGUCGGAACCGGGGCUGUUCCGCGUGGGGCUGCACAGCGGCGAGGUGCGCACGGCGCGACCCGUGGCGGAACGCGAUACGCCCCGGCAGAGGCUCGUUGUGCUGGUGCGAGACCGCGGGCAGCCGCCGCGCACUGCCACUGUCACCAUCGGUAUCGCCCUGGUGCGUGAGUUCUCCGACGCCUUCCUCCAGCUCAACCACGGUACAGAAAGCAAGAGGCAGCAGCAGCCGCAGGUGGCCGAGGAAGAACUGCUCACCACCUACCUCAUCGCCUCCCUGGGCUGCGUCUCCUCGCUCUUCCUUCUCUCCGUCCUCGCUUUUUCGGCGGCCAAGCUCUGCCAUGCUCACCUCCGGCCACACCCUUCGCCUCCCUCUGCCCGCUGCUACGCUCACGGCGACUUCCCCACCGACGACGUGGACGCGUCCCGCACGGGCACUCUGUCACCGGCUUACCACUACGAAGCCUAUCUGACCAGCGCCUCGGGGAGGAGCGAGUUCCAGUUCCUAAAGCCCGGCCUACCCAGCCCAACAAGCAGUGCUGAGGCAGGGGCAGGCAAACAGGAAGAAUCGCUGUGCUGGUCGCAGCCCGCUGGAGAGAGGGGAGCAGAAAAGGGCAGCUCAGACCUUCCUUUCGCUCAGCCGCUUGACUGGCCGGCCGGCAGGCGCGUCCACGCCUGAGCCUUGCCGGGACCGGCCUCCGUUCCCCGUCCUCAACCUGAGAUUCCAGUUUCCGUGUAGCACCGAGAAGUGCUGUUCCUUGCGUGCUGCCCCGGCGGAGGCUCCUACCCAUUUUCUCUGGCCGUGGAGGGCGGCUACGUCCCUCCGAGCUCAGCCGCCGCCGAAUGAUGCCGUGGGAAACGCAAUGUACUUGUCUUGCUGAAGGGCAGGGAUUGGCCUCCCGGACGCCAGGUGCACAGACACCUGCUCCCGGGCUCAUGGCAGCGGGGAGCGGGGGAAGACGCGGGGCAGGUGCCGCGGUUGCUCAUGUGCUCGGGCUGACCCGGUGGCCUCGCAGGGAUCUCCACUCUCCGUCCCUGCGCUUCCCUGGUGCUGUGCGCGCGUUCUGCCGCGGAACCCCAGGCGGGCGAGCGG